GGCAGAGGAGAGAGAUCAGCAACUUUGAUUACCUCAUGUACUUGAACACUCUGGCUGGACGAACAUACAAUGAUCUCAUGCAGUACCCAGUAUUUCCAUGGGUUCUUGCUGACUAUCAUUCCCAGACUCUAGACUUGACUAAACCCAGUACGUUCCGUGACCUAUCAAAGCCCAUGGGGGCACAGACAGCAGAGAGAAAACAGAAAUUCAUCCAGCGUUACAAAGAAGUAGAGAAAAGUGAAGGCAACCUCUCAGCCCAGUGCCAUUACUGCACACACUACUCUUCAGCAAUUAUUGUGGCAUCCUACCUGGUACGCAUAGAACCCUUCACCCAGAUCUUCUGCUCCUUGCAGGGAGGAGGCUUUGAUGUUGCAGACAGGAUGUUUCAUAGCAUGAAAAGUACCUGGGAGUCGGCUUCAAGAGAUAACAUGAGUGAUGUGAGGGAGCUCAUCCCUGAAUUCUUUUAUUUUCCUGAAUUUUUAACAAACUGCAACCAGACUGAGUUUGGAAGCUUGCAUGAUGGGACCUUGCUGAAUGAUGUACAGUUGCCACCCUGGGCAGAAGGAAAUCCUCAUAAAUUUAUUAGCUUGCACAGACAGGCACUGGAAAGCAAUUAUGUCAGCACCCAUCUCCAUCACUGGAUAGAUCUGAUUUUUGGCUCCAAGCAGCAUGGCCCAGCUGCAAUGAAGGCUGUGAACGUAUUUCACCCAUAUUUCUAUGGUGAUCAAGUACACAUGGACAAUGUCAAUGACCAACUCAUCAAAAACACCAUCCUGGGAUUUGUCAGCAACUUUGGACAGAUCCCAAAGCAGAUCUUCACCAAGCCACACCCAGCCAGGAAUGCCCUGGGGAAGCAUUUGGUGGGGAGAGAAAGCAUACUCUUUCCUUCUCCAGCUGGGCAACUGCGUCCAUCACUUAGCGCCCUGCAUAAGCUGAAGCUUUCACCUGUUACUGUCAAAGAAGCACCUCAAGGACCUGUUGGUCACAUUGUCUGUACUGAAAAGGGAAUUUUGGCUGUUGGAAAGAACAAAAUUUUGCUCCCACCACUGUGGAAUAAAGUGUUUUGCUGGGGAUUCAAUGAUUUCACCUGUUGCCUGGCUAGCUCUGGAUCAGACAAGCGAAUGACCAUAUUUGAAGCCACAGCUGACUGGGGGGGUUGCCUCUGUGCUGUUUGUCCCACACCAACAACGCUCAUCACCUCCGGGAGCAGCUCUGUGAUGUGUGCCUGGGAACUCUCCGUGACCAGGGAUGGAGCCGCUUGGUUAAGCUUGAAGCAGCCUUUGUACGGCCAUGUGCAGCCCGUGACCUGCUUGGCUGCCUCCACAUCCUACAGCCUCAUUGUGAGUGGAUCUGCUGACAGGUCCUGCAUCAUCUGGGACUUGAAUCAGCUGACACACAUCACCCAGCUUCCUGCCCACGAGGCAUGCCUCUCUGCUGUUGCUAUCAAUGAUUUAACGGGUGAUAUUGCCUCAUGUGCUGGAAUGACCCUCUAUGUAUGGAAUAUCAAUGGGCAGCCUCUAGCAGAAGUCAAUGCUACCUUCAGCCCUGGAGCCACAAUUUCAUGCUGCUGCUUCAUCGAAGUGAUGGACUGGGAUAUGCACAGCCUCAUAGUGACAGGAGACACAGGUGGCCAUGUACAGGUCUGGAAAUUUGAAAAUAAUUCACAUCCAUGCCAAGAUAUUAAUACGGGGUCACAAGACGACUCUGCUGAAUGUCAGGAAAACAAGGGCAGGAGUAGCUUCUACACUGGCAUCCUGAAGAGGACAGGGACCCAUGGGCAGUUGGGGAAAGGGGUGGCACACCUGCCUCUCAUUCAGACUAGUGACUGCCACGCUGUGAUCUGCAACAAAGUGGAAACACCGUUCGUUCUCUAUCGAGAGCUGGAUCUCAACACGACUCCAUCAGAGAGGCGCAGCAAAACCAUUCCAGCCAUCACAGCCUUGGCAGUGUCCAGGAAUUAUUUUAAACUCCUGGUUGGCGAUGAGAACGGAAAAAUCUACUGUUGGUCAGUAGAUGAGUAA